AUGGGAGCUAGCUGGAGCUGCGAAGAACACCCGGGAUGUUGGGAAGGAGACGAGGUAAAGCCCGGGGCCGUGUCGGCCACCUUGGAUGUCCUUGACGAUAUCGUCAGCACGCACUCCCAGGACUCGCACCGUUCCCCAGGAUCGGACGAAUCGGAGGCAGGCAAGCGGUGUAGCCACCAGAGCGCAGUGCCCGCCGAGGAGCUGGAGGUAGAUAUGAAUCUCAUGCGCGGGCUUUCUCUGCGUCAGUCCCUGCGCACGUUUGGGAUCCUCUGGUUGGUUUCGCCGGAGACGCGCUAUCCGUGCCGCGUGGAGACCCAUCCCGUUCCGAAGUUCGAUGUCUUCGUUUCCCACACCUGGAAGACGCCAGGGAGGUGGAAGAUCUUGUGUCUGAUGUACCAAACGGGCUGGGAGCUUGCGUUUUUCCUGCAGACCUUGGUCGCCACUGUCCUCUUGGUACUGGGCUUGAACGGGACUCUGCCGCUUCCAACGACCACCACCAUCGUGGGCAUCCCGCCAGAGCAGUGGAUGCGGGCCAGUAGUCUUCCAACUAUGAUCCUCGGCUUGUGCAUCGCGCCCUACGUCGGAGACUGGUUCAACAAGCAGGUUGCCUUUGUUGAUAUGGCCAGCAUCGACCAGACCGAUCCGGUGCAGAAGGAGCAGGGCAUCUCUCACAUUGCAGGUUUCCUCAAGAAGUCCGAAGAGCUGCAGGUCAUGUGGUCGGUGGACUAUCUUUCUCGUCUGUGGUGUGUGUUCGAGCUGGCUGCUUACCGCACAGCAAAUCCGUCAGGAAAAAUCACGUUGAUGCCUUUGUUCGUGGAGAAGACCUUCGCAGUGCUGAUUGUAGCAGUCUAUGGUUUUACUUCGGUGUGGGUAUUGGCGGAGGCAAAGUUUAUACCUCUUGGCUCAGAGGUGUGGAUAUUCGGUGUCGCCUUGAUCCCAGUUGGCCUUGCUGCGCAUGCUCUCCGAAAGAGCUUCUUGUCGAAGCACCAGCUUCUGACGGCGCUGGCGAACUUCGAGCUUGAGAGUUCCACCUGCAGUUCUGACUUCGACAGGCGCUUUAUACUCCGCUGCAUCCGCAGAUGGUAUGGUGGGCCAGAGCAAUUCGAAAGUUUUGUUCGCAGGGAGCUGCGGGAGGAGCUUCUCGCACAAAUCAGGUCGACCAGCUUCCGAUCUGGGUACUACCUUGUGACCGUGGUGCCAUCCGUUUGCGCCGGCUUGGACAGCCUGGUGUGUCUCUGGAGAGGGCAAGCUCCGACUGCAGCUCUGGUGACACACUUCGUCUGCCUGGUGCUGGCCUUCGACAUCUGUUGGAUAGUGAUCACCUUCAAGCUUGUGCUGCUGCUCUCAGAUGGCUCGGCGCAGCUGUGCUUGGGCCGCUUCCGCUUCUUCGAUUACGCCAUCUCCUUGCUAAUCUUCGUGGCGAGCGGCGUGAUUUUUAUGGCCGGCCUCGUCGGGUCACGGCUUGCGCGGAAUACCUUGAGCGUUUCAACGGCUCUCGGUUGGCUGGCCCUUUCGUGCAUCCUCAUGGCUCUCACUUCCGAUCGUGUUUGGCGUCAGCCCGCUUUGGUCAGCGAUCGCACCCGCAGCCCUCGUGGCACCAACAGCGUCGCCAUGGCACAGCCGGUGCCCGUGGCCUCGGGUGUCCCGGUCACGAAGUCGGCCGCCUAUCCACCGAGGCCAGUAGCUGCACCGCAGGUCUACUACCGUCCCGGCACCGUCGCCGCCCCGGCAACCGUUACCUAUGCUGCACCUGCUGGGACGCCGCUAGGGCAGCCGGCGGCGGUUCGUUCCGUGGUGACAAUGGCGCCCACUCCGGUGGCCACUUCCGUGACUUCGGCACCCCUCUCCGUCUCCACUCGCACGCUCGGCCAAGUUGGCGUGCCGCAGGUUGCCACGGCUCUUCCUCCAGGGGCACGGAUUAUCCGCACCUCUCAGCCCACAGUGGUGCCGGGCGCACAGGUCGUCCCGGCGUCUGCGACAAGGCCCAACACGGUGGGCGGACCAGCCUACUCUCAAAGUGCCUAUGAAACUAAGCACGAGAAGGAUGCGCAACUGCAGAACCUGAAGGAGCUCAGGAAAACGUGUGGGCUCAAGGAGAUUCCUGUUCAUGAUGGCUUGCAGGCAUUCAAGAGCGCGGCCGCAACCAUGGACCAGGACCAGGAGCAGACGACCAAGCUGACUCGCGACAAGUUCCUUGGGGCAUAUGCGCAGCUGCUGAUCGACCACAAGGUCGACGUGCCCAAGGAUGAGGUGAAGCACGCGGUCUUCGACCUGUUCGACCGCGACGACAAUAACAUCGUAGAUAUGAUGGAGCUGGUCUGUGGGAUCUCGCUUCUUUGCAAGGGCUCCGAGGAGGACAAGAUCCAGGCGGUCUUCAAAGUUUUCGACGAGAAUGACGACGGCUUCAUCUCCAUGGACGAAAUGUACAAGUUCCUAACCUCGGUAUUCAAGGUUGUCCUCACGCCCGCUGUGAUUGGCGCCAUGAACAGCAUGGGUGUGAGCGUGGAGUCGGCAGAGGACUUGGCAUCGGUGACGGCCUUGGAAUGCUUCAAGUCAGCUGACUUGAAUCACGAUGGCCGCCUCUCUAUAGAUGAGUUCAAGACAUGGUUCUACGGGCCACGGAAUGACCCGGCAUUUAUGUUUUCACCCGUGCGGAAACUGCUCCAAUGA